AUGGCUCAAUAUCAUCAACAGCAGCAGCAAACUGCUACAGCUAGCGAAUUCAAUAUUCCUGGGUUGACGCAACCUGCUGUGAAUGACCAGCAAUUGACAGAGAUCCCCACCAUGGACUUGGCUCCUGUGGAAGUAGGACAGACAUCAGAAGCCCCAUUAACGGGUGUCUACUCUAGCUCAGGCUUUGAUUUCGUGGGUGUGUUAUCCAAGCUCGUCAACAGACCUAACCCUCAAAUCAAUUUGGGCCCCAUCGACAUGUCAUGUUCGUUUUUGGUUACAGAUGCUCGUCAAUACGAUUGUCCCAUUGUCUAUUGCUCUCCCACUUUUGAACAUUUGACAGGCUAUCUGGCUAAUGAAAUCGUCGGUCGCAACUGUCGUUUCUUGCAGGCUCCUGAUGGUCAAGUUACUUGUGGCUCUCGCCGUACCUACACUGACAACCAGGCUGUGUAUCACUUGAAGGCUCAAAUGUUGCAAAACAGAGAACAUCAAGCCUCCAUCAUCAAUUACAGAAAGGGCGGUCAGCCAUUUGUCAAUCUCAUCACUGUCAUCCCUAUUUGCAAUGACAACAACGAAGUCGCUUUUUUUGUCGGUUUGCAGGUUGAUCUUGUAGAGCAACCCAAUGCUAUUUUGGAAAAGAUGAAAGAUGGUACCUAUAUGGUCAACUAUCAACAAAUGAACAUCCCACCUUACAUUCCUGGUAGCAGCUUCAGUUCCGAACCUGUUGAUGACUAUUUCCGAGAGUUGCCUACCACUGCUCCUGCAUCUUCCACACUGGCUUCUCCUGAAAUCCUGGAACUCGUCAACUGUGCUGGUGAUAACGAACAGCAAUUGCAACAAGAAUGGAACAAGCUGUUACUGGAUCAAUCGGAGGACUUUAUCCAUGUGCUCUCCUUGAAGGGUUUCUUCUUGUACUGCUCUCGCUCUUCCUCUCAUCUGUUGGAACAUGACCCCGAGGAGUUGGUUGGUCAUCCCUUGUCCUCCAUCUGCCAUCCCUCUGAUAUCGUACCUGUGAUGCGUGAAAUUAAGGAAGCAGCUAGCAACGCAGAUAAGGUCGUCAAUCUCAUCUUCCGUGUACGUCGUAAAUACUCUGGUUACAUGUGGAUGGAGUGUCAAGGUAAAAUUCAUGUUGAUCAAAGCAAAGGUCGCAAGUGUCUUAUCUUGGCUGGACGUGAAAGACCCAUGUAUGAAUUGGUGCGCAAGGAAAUUGUGCAUGCUACUGAAAUCACUUCUGGCCCUGAGUUCUGGACAAAGGCUACCUUGACUGGUCUCUUUUUGCAUGUGACACCCACCAGUGAAGAGGUUGUUGGUUUCUCUGCGGACGCCUUGGAAGGUGCUGCCAUCUACCAGUAUGUAGAUGAUAACAAUGUGCGUGAUAUUACUCGUGCUUUGGAGCUCGUCAAGGAAGGUCGUAUCGUCAACUUGCACCAUACCAUGCAAAACAACAAGGGCGAUUACAUUCCCGUCUUUUCCACCUUUUAUCCUGGUGAUGUCUCUUUUGGUGUAGGCCGUCCCUCAUUUGCACUCGUUCAGAUCAGAGCCAAAGAAAGCGCCUCUACAGGUGACACUCCCGUCUUGGAAUCUAUCGUUGAUACUCCCUCGGACAACGAUGAAAACGUGUUUGCCGAAUUGGAAACUGUCAGAGGUACUUCCUGGCAAUACGAGCUUCAUCAGCUGCAAUUGGCAAACCGUAAAUUGAAGGAGCAGCUUGAAAAUUACGCCAACCCCAAGCGCAGAAAGCAAAAGAAGAAGAAGGCUGCUGAAACCACUGAAAUCUCAAAGAUGUGUACCCAAUGUCAAAGCACGGAUUCGCCUGAAUGGAGAAAGGGACCCAAUGGGCCCAAGGAAUUAUGUAAUGCUUGUGGUCUUCGUUAUGCAAAGACACUGGCAGCAAAGAAGACGGAUAGCAAUAGCCAGCAGCCAUCCCAGCAACAAGGGGUAGCUGUCUAA